CCGAUCUUCUCGCGGUAUAGCAUCAACAUUACCUCUUUGAGAUAUCACCAAACAUUCAAUCAGAUCCAACAUUCACGAUGCCAUCCGAAAUCCACUCCCGUCUCAUCACCGCAAACCACAUCCUACACCACCACGGCGUCCUCGAUGGCUAUGGUGGAGUCUCCGUUCGCUCCAUAGGAAAUCCCAAUAAUUUCUUCCUCGCCGACGAAUGCCCACCCGCCAUGGUAUCCUCCAUGGACGACAUCACCGAAUUCCGUGUCGACGACGGCGCACCCACAAAUCCAGACAUCAAGCUUGGGUGGUCGGAACGUUAUAUCCAUUCCGAGCUCUACAAGCGCUUUCCUUCUAUAGAAGGAAUCGUUCAUAGCCGCUCUCCGGACGUAAUUCCAUAUACUGUGAAUGGGGUUCCACUCAAGCCUGUUACUCAUACGGCUGGAUUCUUGGGUUUGUAUACUCCGGUAUGGGAUAUCAACUCUACGCACUCGGUUUUGUCUUCUGGUACGAUGCAUGAUAUGCAUAUUCGAGACAACACUAUUGGAGCUUCGUUCGCUGCUACCUUUAGCAAGUCUUCUUCUACUGCUGGUGCUAUUUACAACAAAGCGAGUUCGCUGGUGAUGGGAUCUUCGCCACAAGGAGCUUUGAUUCCGGAUCAUACGGUGGUUCUGAUGCGUGGCCAUGGGAUGACGGUCAUAGGUGCAAGUCUUGAAGAAGCUGUCUUUAAAGCGAUUUAUGCUCAGGAUUCUGCGAAAGCUCAGACGACGGCUUUACUGACGAGCGUGGCAUCCUCUGGUGGAAAGGUUGAGGGAAAGGUGGAUGUCGAGGGAGGUGGAAACAUCAAAGGAGGAAAAGUGAAAAUGAAUGGUGAAACACAGUUCUUGAGUAAAGAAGAAAGUGUGGAGACUUGGAAGGUGAUCAAGAAGAGUGUUCCGAGAUUAUGGAAAGGCUGGGAAUGGGAAGUCGAUCACUUGCCAAUGUAUAUCAACAAGGAAAGGGCGUAGGAAUAGCGGUAAAUGGAGG